UUGGCCAUGGCACGUGUGGUGAACCCCCAAAAGAAAUACGUGGACCUAGACAUAUAUCAAAGCUCAUACAUGGUCGACUAUAAGCCCUUCGGGAAACACAAAUACUCCAGAGUCACACCGCAAGAGCAGGCCAAGCUUGACGCUCAGCUCCGGAACAAAGAGUUUUACCGGCCUAUGCCCAACCCCAACCCCAAGUUGGAGGAUGGGUACCCUGCAUUCAAAAGACCCUACAUGACUGCAAAAGACUUGGGAGUCCCUGGCUUCUUCCCACCACAGGACCUGGUAACCCCUCCCAAGGAGGAGUGCAGGUUCACCAACACCUGCCGCUUCGCAUACCCAGCUUCCCUGGCUCUGUACAUGGCCCAGUUUGACCCCUACUGGCUUCAUCAGAGCAAAGACUUCCCGUGCCUCAUGGAGCCUGAGCUGCAGCCUGCUCCAGAAGUAGCCAAAGGCUACCUUCUACUCCCUGGCUGUCCUUGUCUUUCUCACCAGAGAGUCAAAGUCCCCAUCUUGAAUAGGUGGGGACCCUUGAUGCCAUUUUACCAGUAGAAGUGUGAGAAUACCUGUUGUUUCAAUGCAUGAGGAAAUCCAUGCCAUUGCUCA